AUGAGGCUGAUAAUCCAGGCAGCAGCACUGAUUAGUGUGAUUCAGGCAUGGGUCAUGUUCAUGCAGCAGAGAGCUGUUCGUCGUGCUGGGAGACCUUUGAUCCGCUAUGGUCCAUUGUUUCCCCGGGAACAGGAGAGGAUCCAAAAUCUGAACUACAUCUACAACUGCAAUGACGUCGAGGCUCUGUGGAUGCUUAGAAUCAAAAGAGCACCAUUUGCCAAGCUUGUCGAGACCCUCAGGAGCAGGGGGCUGUUACAAGAUAGCAUCAACACCAGUGAUUGCAUUGGGGCAAUAGAUGGUACUCAUGUCACUGCCAGAGUUUCUAUGUCACAGUCUGCAACAUACAAGGGGAGGAAGCACUACACAAGCCAGAAUGUGCUUGCUGCUGUUGACUUUGAUCUGAAGUUCACAUAUGUGCUGGCUGGCUGGGAGGGGUUAGCACAUGAUGCUAACAUUCUCACUGACAGCAUGAGUCGACCUGGUGGGAUCAACAUCCCCGACGACAAGUUCUACCUUGGAGAUGCUGGCUAUGCAUGUCGGCCGGGUAUUCUUCCACCCUUCAGGAAAACAAGACACUCCAGCCUUACAGUAACUGUUGAGAGGGCAUUUGGAGCUCUGAAGAAUAGGUUUAAGAUCCUAGAUCAGAAGCCAUUCCACCCAUACUCCACUCAGGUUAAGCUAGUUCUUGCUUGUUGCAUUCUGCAUAACUGGAUCCUCCAGUGGGGCUUUGAUGAACACGUGCCUGAGGAGGAAGAUGUCGAGCCUGACGAUGUUGUUAGCUCCGGCCAUGGUGUGGAGGCAUUUGACAAUGACGCUUGGAAGAACAAAAGGUUGGAGUGGGCAGAGGCGAUGUGGCUUAACAAAGGUCAGUGCAGGAUUUGA